CUUUCCAUCACUUUCCAAAAACUCCUUUUCUACACAGCUUGCAUCCCUCGACACACCACCCCUUCAGGACACUCUAGACCAGGAUGGGCGACUACGAGAGUGCAGGAGGCUCCCUCAAGUUCAAGGGCGGCGGAGGAAUUACCAAGAAGAAAAAGAAAAAGACCGAUCCUGCAAAAGUCAGGGCAGCAUUGGACACCAAAGAAGCCAGUCCGAGUACUUCCAAACCCAUUAAGGUCAUUGAGAAGACAGCAGCAGAGCUCAAGUUUGAAGAAGUACAACGGAAACGCCAAGAGGAAAAGGUUCUCAAGUCCGCAAUGAAGUCUCACAAGGAGAAGGUCGCUGAACUGAACCGGAAACUGGAGGAAAUGACCGAGCAUUACGAUAUCCCCAAGGUCGGACCGGGAUAAUACUUGCAGCAUCGUCAAUCCAAAAUAAAGGCAGCAUUGUCCAGCAAACAAUGGGAAGGCACAUUCAAGCAACGGGAAGUGUAUUGUGUUACACACAUCGACUCGACUCAUUGUCGCUCUCGAUUUGAUCUCAUUUAUCAGAUAUGUGGACCGAAACUGCAUCCAGACCAAAAAGCGCAGGCGGAAGCAUGAUCAAAUCAAAAACAUAUAAACAGCGUAUUGAUUGUGCAAU